GGGACCAAAAUAACAGCAGGGGAGUUGGAUCUCACCACAUGCAUCAGCUGGUAGUUCAGCUUAUAUCUAUAGCUGAGGUUUAAUCUUCGGGUCAUAGGAUGUCUUUUCCCUCGUCGUUUCCUGCGCAGGUCGCAGCCAUCAUGGACGUCUUGGCGAAGGCGGCGGUGGCAGAAAUCACGAAGCUGGUGGAAGACGGGAGUCUGGUCCUGCGCCUGGAGCUGAGUCGGAGGGAAGAUGAGAAUCAGGAGCUCCGAGCAAGUUUGAAGCUGAUAGAGGCUGAGCUCAAGAAAGUUCAAGAAGCUGCCGCAAGCACAGCUACAGAAGCCAAACAUACGCAGACUACAGCCGAGGAACUGGUGCUCCGAACGGACAAAAAGGAAGCUCAGGACAUGGUUGCAGUGUCUCUUCAACCAAAAACUGCCCAAAAUGUGACAGAAGAGAGCCAAAACAUCUGGCCAGUGGUGAAGCACGAGCCAGAGGAUGAACCUGCUAACAUCGAAACAGAAGACAACACGGCGAGAACAGGUGUUUGCUUCAAGGCAGAGCAGGAUGACUUGAUGUGGCCUGCUUGUAGCAUGUUUGAGAGUAACCCUGUGGCGUUGCAGCAGCACAUGCAGAUCCUCCCCUCUGACGCUGAUCAGUAUUCUCCUCAGAGCAACACAGAAAGUUCCUAUAAUUCUUUACUGUCUACCACAGAGGAAACUGCAGGCGCGCCAGUGAGAGCGGAGGUAGAGACGCACCCCGCGUGUAUGGGAGGCAUCGCUUUAGAGUCUGUUCAUACUAAAGAGUUCAGAUGUAUUUCACCCCCUGCAGGCAGUCAGGGUGACUGCUUGCAAGCUGAGCCGUUACUCCCUCUGCCUCACGUGGAAACAGCCGCAGCAAUCUCAGCAAGUUCAAAUGCUGACGCUCCUAACCAGAGUAGAGAUGUCUUUAAAGCCAAAAGGGUGAUGAAGGUGUGCAGACCUAAUCAGAAAGUCUACGUCUGCUCUUUGUGCAACAAGAGUUUCUCGUGCCUGUUUCAAUUGGAGAAACACGUAGCCACCCACCAACCCUCCAAACGCUUCAGGUGCCUCGAGUGUGGGAAAUCUUUCACCCAGAAGACCCGGCUGAGGACGCACCAAAGCGUGCACACCGGGGAGAGGCCGUUUAGUUGCAAAAUCUGCGGUAAGAUGUUUUCGAGGCAGGACAACUGCCUCAGACACGAGCGGUUCCACAGCGGGCUGGAGCCGUACAGCUGCAGGCAGUGCGGUAAAAGCUUCACGGCGCUUGGUAACCUCAAAAUACAUGAAGAGAUCCACCUGCAAGGAAGAUAGCGAUCAGAUACUGCAGCUCUCAGAGAUGGACUGCCGUAGUUUGAACAUUUGCAUGAACCUUUUAUUUUACAAGUGUGCUUUGACAGUUUUAUUGGAGUGAAUGAACAGAAACAUAAAAAGCCCUCUGAUUUGCAUUACAGGGGGGCAGAUGCAUUAGAGUCAUUAUAUUUAUCGUUUGCUUUGUCUUGCUUUUCCAUUGGACGCACACCUCUUUGUGAGAUAUUACACAUAAAACUAAUAUAAUUUGACAUUUUGUCCCAUUAAUGUGACAAACUUCAUCUCCUGGGAAAUCUAAACAUAAAAAACAUUGUAACUGUUAUUUUUGAAAAAAUUUUCUAUGUCUUUUUUUCCUAAUGGCAUGAUCACAAUUAACCUAAAAAAAGAAGCGCUGCUCUGGAGAUUAUUUACUUUUAAGGGAAUAUUAUUGUGUUUUUGAAAAAAACAAACAUAGUAGUGGGUAAUAUGUAUUGAUGGGUAACAGAUUGAUUUGUAAAUAACUGGACAUGAAUAAUUUGAGUUUAUUAUCUAAUGUUUCUGACUAGGCAGCUCAUUCUCUUUUUCACGACCAUAUGUGAUGUAGAUGUGAAAUGGAAAAGUGAGGUCAGAGGUAUAAUUAGAUAUUUAGAAUCCCCUACAGCAGUAACAAUUCCUAAAUGUUGCAAAAAACAAAGGUAGCAGACUUUUAAUCAGUUUUAAAGAUUAAAGACACUUUAUGAAAGUUUGACCUUAUUUGACCACAACCACCACAACCUACACAGACAGAAUAAAUUAAAUAAAACAGAAACUAAAAAAUAACCACUAACUGAUAAAUAAAGGCAUUCUGGUGUCAAGAGUUAACAGUUUAACUUCCAUAAAUGUCAACUAUUGAUUGAUUCUCAUGCUGCGAGUAGGAUCUACUAGAGAGGUGGGGAACAUUUUCUUUUUCUGUGUUCUCAUAUAAAUAUUAGAUGGCCUUUAAAUGCAGUCUGAGUAGCAAAAAAUUCUCUCAGGCAUUGAAACUGCAAGAGCGUGGUGACGUGUGAAGGGCUCAGAGGAAUAUAUUUGGUCUUUGUUUUCAGUUUCCCCAAACAUACCACCAGCAGACUGUGUAGUGUAGAUGUUCCUGUCGUGUCAGGGGCUUCCUGGAGGGUGCCUGCACUCAUUUCUCUGAGAACGGCUUCUGUGGUUAACUCCAACAACUUAUAUGAACCAGCACUCUUUAGAUGGCACAUUGAACUGAAAAGAUUAGUAAGAAAUGGUUUGUUUAUUGAUGUUAACCGUGAUGCUGAUUAUGCUCCCACGUGGAUGCGCACAUGGACAGCUGUGGUCACUGGGGUGUGUCGUUGUUUUAUACUACUUUUAAGUCCACGUGCAGGGAGGACAUUGCACUGUAGUUGCAGGGCACAUGGAUGCCUGAUGAUACCCUGCAGGUCCCUUUCAAAUUCACAGAUGUGGAAACAUUUUUUUUUCCAUAAGCCAUUUGUGUGUUACUG